AUGGCUGCGGCGGCCUGGCUGCGGCGGGCCGUGUGCCGCUCCGGUUGCGUGCUGCUCUUCCUUUCGCAGUUCUACAUCUUGUCGGGCGGUGGAUCCUUAAAUUUAGAUUCGCAGCCGCUGGCUCAGUCAAUAAAGGACCCGGGUCCGACUCGUACAUUCACAGUAGUUCCCAGGGCAGCAGAAAGUACUGAAACCCCACCUUAUGUGAUGAAGUGCCCAAGCAAUGGUUUGUGUAGCCGACUUCCAGCUGACUGUGCAGAGUGCAAGACAAAUUUCUCCUGUGUGUAUGGGAAGCCUGUCACUUUUGAAUGCACAGUCAAGCCUUCUGUUACAUGUGUUGAUGAAGAUUUCAAAUCCCAAAAGAACUUCCUCAUCAAUAUGACUUGCAGAUUUUGCUGGCAGCUUCCAGAAAUAGAUUAUGAGUGUGCCAACUCCACCAGCUGCAUGACAGUGUCCUGUUCUCGGCAGCGCUAUCUUACUAAUUGUACAGUUCGGGACCACAUUCACUGCUUGGGUAACCGUACUUUUCUCAAAAUGCUGUACUGCAAUUGGACUGGAGGUUAUAAAUGGUCUACUGCUCUGGCUUUAAGCAUCACCCUCGGCGGGUUUGGAGCUGACCGCUUCUACCUCGGUCAGUGGAGAGAAGGCCUUGGCAAACUCUUCAGCUUUGGUGGCCUGGGAAUAUGGACACUCAUCGAUGUCUUGCUAAUUGGAGUUGGUUAUGUUGGACCAUCAGAUGGUUCAUUGUACAUUUAAUUGUGGGUAUGUUUCAGAGAGGAACAGCUUUAAAAAGGUUCUUUUGCCUGUAUAUAGCAAUGUGAUAUGCAGGUAUGCGAUGCAUAAUGUCCAUUUGAGCAAUGCCAGAUCUCAUAUGUGUCUGGGGGGUGGAGAGUAGGGACAUGCCAGCAGGUGAAGCUGGUGUCAAGUUCAUGGUGCCACUGCAGUCCUGGAAGAUACCACUCCUGGCCAAGAGAGUGCUGUGUAUCCUGAAGCAGCCAAUUGCAGGUACAAGUUUGUAGACAUCUGACUGUGGGCACUAGUACAGAACCAGAGUUCUUGUGUGGGGAUUACUUUGAUAUAUGUGAAUUGUAUAUGUAUAUGGAGAUAAUAUAGUAUUCACACAAAAUCCAAAUCUUAUAGCAUUCUAUUCCACAGAACAUAUUAUGGAUAUUAAGUGACAUAAACCUGUUUGUUCUUAAUGUACAGUAUCUGUACUUUGCUUGCCUUAAUUAAGGUAAAAUAAUUAAGUCAUUGAACAUUUUAGAAUUUAUUUGCGCUUGCCUGAAAUAUUUAUUUUUCUGUGAAAACUUUAAACUUAGUUAAGAACAGAUUGAAAAAUCUCAUUACAUUCCUAUGCUCUUUUGUAUUGUUUGUCAG